GCUCAGCGCCACUCCAGCUAGGCCGCGCUCCCCCGCCCCCUGGUCCCCCGACCCGGCCUUCGGGGCCCGCCCAGUCUCAUUCCCUGCUGCUCGGGGGUGCGGUUCGCGAUGAAGCUGCCCCCUGGCUCCGUUUCAUCGGGAGCGACCAGAUAGAUGAGCACAUGCUCCCUUCCAGGGCUCCCUUGGUCAGGGUUCCAGGUGAGGCAUCGUUUUGGACCCUCCUCUGCGCCUUCCACGCCUGUCGCUAUGCUUGGCUCCAGGACAGACGCUUAGCGAACUGAGUAGAAUGGACCUGAACAAGAUCCCAAGCCAGUGCGAAUGGAGAAUAGGAGCGGGGUGAUGAGGAGUGGGAUUAUCUGGAUCCGGCUCAGAGAAGCUUGUAUAAAGAUGUCAUGAUGGAGAAUUAUGGAAACCUGGUCUCGCUGGAUGUUUUAAACAGAGAUAAGGAUGAGGAACCAACUGUGAAACAAGAAAUUGAGGAAAUUGAGGAAGAAAUGGAAUCAAAGGGUAUAAUAGUUACAAGAAUCAAAAGUGAAACUGACCAGGAUCCCAUGUGUAGAGAAACCUUUGAACUUGUUGGUAGGUUAGAUAAACAGAGAGGAAUCUUCUUAUGGGAAAUACCAAGGGAGUCUUUGACCCAGGAACAAAGAAUGUUCAGAGGAAACACUAACAUUAUUCGUAAGAGACCUAACUCAGAAGAGAAAUGCCAUAAAUGUGAAGAAUGUGGAAAGGGUUUUGUCCGCAAGGCCCAUUUCAUUCAACAUCAACGGGUCCAUACUGGUGAGAAACCGUUUCAAUGCAAUGAAUGUGGGAAAAGUUUUAGUCGCAGUUCAUUUGUUAUUGAACAUCAGAGAAUUCACACUGGAGAAAGGCCCUAUGAGUGUAACUACUGUGGAAAAACCUUUAGUGUGAGCUCAACCCUUAUUAGACAUCAGAGAAUCCACACUGGAGAGAGACCCUAUCAGUGUAAUCAGUGUAAACAGAGCUUCAGCCAGAGAAGGAGCCUUGUUAAACAUCAGAGGAUUCACACAGGUGAGAAACCCCAUAAGUGUAGUGACUGUGGGAAAGCCUUUAGUUGGAAGUCACACCUUAUUGAGCAUCAAAGAACUCACACUGGUGAAAAACCUUAUCACUGUACCAAAUGUAAAAAAAGCUUUAGCCGAAAUUCAUUACUAGUUGAACAUCAGAGAAUUCACACUGGAGAAAGACCCCAUAAAUGUGGUGAAUGUGGGAAAGCCUUUAGAUUAAGUACAUACCUUAUACAACACCAAAAAAUCCACACUGGUGAGAAGCCUUUUCUUUGUAUUGAAUGUGGAAAAAGCUUCAGUCGGAGCUCAUUCCUUAUUGAACAUCAGAGGAUCCAUACAGGUGAAAGACCUUAUCAGUGCAAAGAGUGCGGGAAAAGCUUCAGUCAACUUUGCAACCUUACUCGUCAUCAGAGAAUCCACACAGGAGAUAAACCCCAUAAGUGUAAGGAAUGUGGAAAAGCCUUUAGUAGAAGCUCAGGUCUCAUUCAGCAUCAGAGAAUUCACACCAGAGAGAAGACAUAUUCAUACAAUGAAACUAAGGAAAGUUUUGAUCCAAAUUGCAGUCUUGUUUUACAGCAGGAAGUCUUCCCUAAGGAAAAAUCUUAUAAAUGUGAUGAAUGUGGGAAAACUUUUAGUGUCAGUGCUCAUCUUGUACAACAUCAAAGAAUCCACACUGGUGAAAAGCCCUACUUAUGUACUGUGUGUGGGAAAAGCUUCAGUCGGAGCUCAUUUCUUAUCGAACAUCAGAGAAUCCACACUGGUGAGAGACCCUAUCGAUGUAGACAGUGUGGCAAAAGCUUUAGUCAACUUUGUAAUCUUAUUCGACAUCAGGGUGUUCACACAGGUAAUAAACCCCAUAAAUGUGAUGAAUGUGGAAAAGCCUUUAGCCGGAACUCAGGCCUUAUUCAGCAUCAGAGAAUACACACAGGAGAGAAACCUUAUAAGUGUGAGAAGUGCGACAAAAGUUUUAGUCAACAGCGCAGCCUUGUCAACCAUCAGAAGAUCCAUGCAGAAAUGAAAACCCAAGAAACCCAUGAAUGUGAUGCUUGCGGCGAAGCCUUCAAUUGCCGCAUAUCUCUUAUUCAGCAUCAAAAAUUGCACACUACAUGGAUGCAGUAAGUGUAGAGAAAUAUUUAAGCUUAGUUGGACUUGAGACUAGCUUACCCAAGUGCAGUUUCAACAUUGCUCAAUAUGAGUCAGAUUUAGUAAGAAAGGAAAGUAUCUUUGGCCUUAGGCAAAUGGUUUCUAGAGAUUCUGUGAAUAGUGGACAACCAGCUGCCCACAGGCAUUUUUCAUUACUCUUUGUUUUGAUGACUCAGUAAUUUAUGCGUCUUUUUUAAACAAAUCUUUCAGGUUAAACCUGGGCUCAGAGCAUUUGGUUAUAAUAAUGAAGGGAGAAUGACAAAGUUGCAUUGAUACAAGGGAGCUAGAACCACUCAUGUUAGAAAACUAGAAUAAUUCUUCAGAGACCUCUCCCACAUCUUAUAUGGUAGUUCUUUCGGUUCUAUGAUAUGUUUGGCUAUGCAUGCCAAAGCCCAGUAAUUGAGCAUAUGAUGAAGUUUUCAAGGAAACAGCCCAGAUUUUUUGAAACUGAUUUGUUUUUUGAAAUGGUUUUUUUUUUUUAUUUUUGAAACAAUUUUUUGUCAUUGAUUAAGCCAGUUAUUUGGCACGUGAGUUACAAGAAAGCAGUUCCAAUGCCUCUUGGUUCUCAGAAAUGUGAAAUGAGUGGACCAUUAAUUUUACAUGUUAAGAUUAUGUAACAAACCUAGCAAAGGUGUUACCAAGGAAUCUUUGGCAGUGCCUUUUUUUCCCCAAAAAAAUGGGCCCAAAAAGUUGGAGGAAGACACUAUUCUUUUUGUGUCCUCCCAUCUGUGAAAGAUAUUUGUAAUCCUAUACAAAUAAUCGUAUUCCUUCACUACCAGUAGCAUGUGAAAGUGUACAUAUUUUGAUUGCCAAGAAUUGAAAAUAAAGAGACCUGGAGUCUAUGUUAGGAAGCUGAGAUAUUUUGGUAUUGCUUUGGUUUUUAUAGUAACUAGACUUUGCAUGCAGUUUUAAAAUUCUUAUUUCUGGUUCUAGGGCUUCCCUUAGUUAAAGGUUACUAUAAACCUAUUAAUUCAUCUGUUCUAAUCAUUAAACCUGUUUUGGUUUUUUGCUUU